AUGACCGCGGCCCUAGCGGCAGUUGCAGCAGCGAUUCCUCAGCCUUCGCCCUGGCCACCUGUGUUCCAUGCGUACAUGUUGAAGAACCGCAGCGGCCAGCUGCGACACACCGACCUUUUCUAUGAUUGGCCCUACGGUGGCAACCUCCAUAUUGACAGGAGCCCUGGACAAGCACCCUUCUAUGACAACGAGCGCCAAAACGGCAGCACGUAUUACUACACACCAAAUGGUACCUGCAAGGUCAUAGAGAUGGGCGUGGGGCUUUUGCCGCCAAACUGGCUGGAGGAUGCCCACUAUGGCGGAAAGCAAGCCGUUGUGUCACCGACAGAUCAGUCCAUUCGAAACUGUCAUGUGUGGACGAAGGGUGAUGCUAUGGGAAACUACACAGGUCCCUUCAUCACCUACUUUGAAGAUGAAGUGACAAAGACACCAGCACGUUGGGUCUUCUUUAAUGGUAUGUCCUUCGAUAUCCUUAGCUGGGAGCCCGGCAAGAAGGCGACACCGGCCCAGUGGCAGAUUCCUGCAUCUUGUUUCUCCAGUGUGGCCGCAGAGAGCCCUGCGCAAUCUUCUGAGGUGGAUUACCUUCACGGCGCGUCGAGAUUGCAGAGCAGUCGCUCUGCAACUCCUCUGCUGAUGUGA